AUGAGGCCUGACAACCCCAUUCUGAGAGGAGGAGAAGGAGGCCUGGCGGAGGCAUCGGGCCCCGGCGGAGCAACAUUGGGAAUCAUCGGAGCUACGUGCCUGACUAACUCCGCCCGUUGCGCAUCUGGUCGGGGUGACUGGGCUAAGGCGCUCGCCGAGAGGUUCGCGGAAAGGGAUACGGUGCUCUUCUACUACGUCACGUCGGCCGGCGACGUUCACUUCGGCGUCAAUGGCGAGGAGAAGGGUCUCUUCUUCAGCGGCGUCGAGACCCGGGGCCCGCUCUGGGCGAUCAUCGACGUCUACGGCAACAGCACCGCGAUCGAGUUCGUCGAUCCGAAUCGUCAGCACUUCAACAAUAUACGCAGAGGCGCCGAGCACAGCAACGAGGACAAUGCGCAGCACAGCAGGCACUCGGCCAUGGACGAUGCCAGCAACGCCGGCCGGGAUGUCGAAAGGAUUAUCGUGCCGUCUAUGCAGAACAUGUCGAUUCAUCACGAGCCCGACGUGGAGCUACCCGGUCUUAGGUUUCAACCCCCGGGCGUCAUUUUUACGCCCCUGCCCUUCCACUCCACUCGGGGCAGGAACAUCCGCUUCAGUAACCAGCAGUGCGUGGCGACGCGCACGGACACGGAGUUCUGUCACGGCUACGCGUUCACGGGCCGGCCGUUGCUGUUGGGCGAGCGAUUGGUCGUGCAGAUUCUCUCGACGGAACCGAUGUACGUCGGCGCCCUCGCUCUGGGCCUGACCUCGUGCGAUCCGGCGCGACUCACGGCGGAGGACCUGCCGGACGACAGCGACCUGCUGUUAGAUCGUCCGGAGUACUGGGUGGUCUCCAAGGACGUAGCGUCGAGUCCGCAGCCCGGUGACGAGAUCGCCUUCACGGUCACGCAUUACGGCGAGGUGCAGAUGAGCAAGAACGGCGGCCCGCCCAACGUCGUCAUGCAUGUCGAUCAGAGCCUCCAACUGUGGGCGUUCGUGGACGCUUAUGGGAGCACUCAGCGUGUCAGAAUGUUGGCCAGUAGACCAACGUCGCCGCCCCGGCAACGUCAGAGCAAUCCCUCGCCUGCCAAUGUCCAGCAGCAACAGCAACAGCAGCAGCAGCAACAGCACUCGAAUCACAGCAACGCCGCUACGGAAUUGUCCGGAUUUUCCGAGAUGGUGCAAUUUAAGCCGGCGGUGGGUGGCGGAACGGUGCUCGUCGUAAAUCUACCACCCCAGGCCGGUUACCCGACGCCACCGCCGCCCACGCCACAACCGAUUUACGCUUCUGCGACGCAUAGGAAUUCGCCGGCGCAAUCGGUGCAUCUCUCCGCGGCAGCGGCAGCGUCAGCGUCAGCCGCGCCCGCGCCGGUACCGCAUCCCGGAUCCUCUGGGCAGUCCUCGCCGCCGUUGACCGGAACGAUGGCCAGCACCGGUUCGUCGACGUACGUCGAUCCAGUGACCUACCAGAGCUUGGACGGCACCCUGACGUCCGCGUCGUCGCGCGCGACCUCGUUCCAUUUGCAGCAGUGGAGCGAGGGCCUGCAGCCGACGCUGGCCGGUCAACCGAGCGAGUGCUCCAUCUGCUACGAGCGCAACAUCGAUAGCGUGCUCUAUAUGUGCGGCCACAUGUGUAUGUGCUAUACAUGCGCGAUUCAACAGUGGCGCGGCAAGGGCGGCGGUCAUUGCCCACUUUGCCGGGCGCCGAUCCGCGACGUUAUCCGUAUCUAUCGGUCCUGAACAGUUCGGGACUGACCGAGAGAGGGACAGAGAGAGAGCGCGCGGACGUUUUCCCGGUUCCCAGCGCCGUCGUCGUCGUCGUCGUCACCGCGUCCAUUACCGUGCUUCCGUCGUCUUGGUU